UUGCAUUGAAUUGAGAUCAAUUUGCUUCCUCAUUUAUCUUAAUUAACAAUUCCAUUCACCAGCAAGGUGAUUCUCAUGGUGAUGGAUUCAACAGGUAAACAAAAGAAUACUGCGGCAAAACAUCGGGCUUGUGAUGAGUGCAGAAUCAGAAAACUUGCAUGCUCAAAGGACCCUAACGGUUGUGAAAGAUGUGUGCGAGAAAACAUAUCAUGUCAUUACUCUCAACAGAAACAAAUGGGAAGACCAAGAAAGCGUCAAUUUAUCGAAACUAUUAGAGAUGAACCACCCAAUACACAAAACAACCUACAACCUCUUCUUGAUGAUGGCACAUUACUCCCCUUUUUUGGCGAUGAACUUUACAAUCUCGAUGAUAACGACUUUGCUGAACCGUAUUACACUAAUUCGAGUUUCAAUGGAUUUGAUCCUGCCCAGCAAUUUCCACAAACUCUCCCUCUGGACACCCCAACCCCUCUCUGGGCCUCAAAUGUAGAUGAUGGCCGGAAUAUGUGGCAUUUUGGAAACGGUGAUAUGCUAGACUCUGUUCCCAUCGACUUUAGUAAUAUGAAUAUGGAAAAACUGGGUGAAGCUCAACCUGAAGCCAACCAAGAAGCUGAAUUAUCAACGGGGUCAAAUCCUUCCUCCUCUUCGCCUAGUGGUAGUGAUGGUCCUUUUCCAAUAUCAGGCGAUAAGUGCAGCUGCCUAUCAUCGAUGUAUUUGUCACUAUCAGCAUUGCAGCAGUUCCCAAGUGACAUCGAUGAAGCUUUAAAGGUAGUUCGUGGCGCUAGUAUUGUGGCAUCGAAAGCCAUUUGGUGCCCCUCGUGUGGUGCGAUAGCGCUAAUUUCGCCCAUACCCUCUAUUGAGGCCUUUCAAAAUACAAUGCUCAUCGGAACUAUACUACCUAUCAUUGCGAAUGGAUACGGCCGUUUACUAAAAAUGGUUGAUGAAGCGACUGCAGAGGCAAUUGCUAAAGGGCAGACCAAAAUCUUUAGGUAUCUUGAAUAUGGCGGAUUAUGCGAGCACCAAAGACCAAUAAACGAGGCAGUAGCAUGCAUAGGUAACGAAUCAUCCAUGGCAGAUAGAGAAAUGCAACCAGCAGAGUGGCGAACUACCGUAAGAGCUUUGUUGCGUGCUGACGUCUAUGGCCAUGACCAACCUGGAUUCAAAUACAAAGGAUUGAAAGAUCUCGUUUCCGAGAUGGAGCAAAGACAGAACGCUCGUCACAAUAUAUUAGAUGCACAAGUUGCUGCGGGCGUGCGAUCGCUAGAGCAUGGCCAAUUCCCAGAUUUGAAGAUUGCAGAUUUGACGGUCAAGCAAUGCUAUGGGGAGAGAACAAGGGGGUGCUUGGAGAUCCUCAAAAUGGCUAAGAUGGCUGUAGACAGCAUUGUUAUUGCAUGAGCAUCAAGUUGUCUAGUAAUCUUUGCAGAUAACUGCGUAAAGCCACCCAUUCGUAUACUAACAUUUUGCCAUUCGCUUUCGAAAUUUGAUAUUUGCUGGCUCAAAUCAAAGUUGACCGCCGAACUACAGUACUGUUUUCUUGGAUUUGGAAUAUGCAAGCAAGGCGCAAGGGAAUUUUGUGAGCCUGUUCAGAAAUUCAGCUAUGAAUUGCUAAUCUUUCAUGAGCAUGGCUGCCAGAGAAUUGAUAUCCCAGAACUUUAUUCCACCCUUCGGCUCAAAUGCACAACAAAACCACAAAAAUGUUGUGAACUGUUGUGAACUGUUGCGGUACUCAAGAUUGGAGGCCGACUGACAAAGGAUAGGUUCAUAGUUGGAUGAUGAACCGUUCAUCACAAUGCCAGCCCGACCGACAAUGCGUCGGUUGAUGGUUUAAUCGAACAGGAUCACCUUAUGCCUUGACGGCCUACCCAGAUACCUUCGUUGGGAGGUUUAUGAUCAAAGACUUUCAGAGGAUGCAAUGGCGUAUGGAAAAAACACCAAAGAAUGGCUUGGCUUUCUAUGCCAUUGUGCUACAUAAGAGUGCCACGUUUGUAUCCAAUUCCUCGGGUAUAGAACACGAUUUCUUCUAAUAACCUCGGGAGUCUUCAUGGUUGAUAGACAUUGCUCUGCAUACUUCACAUUAGUCUAUACUUGCUCGGAUUGAUCUGAUACUCAUCAUUUCUCCAUGCUCCAUGCAAUCUCUUCCAGACAUUAGUUGUUAGGUAGGCAAAGGAUGCGAUGAACAUAUUGAAAACAGCCUUGGAAGUUCCGAAACUAUGGGCGGCGGUAGAUCUGUUAGAUCUACCCAUCGAUCAACAACCACCCCCCUCUUAAUCCUCAUUCCCUCGACAUCAUGUGUUCUGUAUUUAAUAUAUUUCCACACUCCAGAACAAUCUCGCACCUCGGUUUUCGGAAAUGCAGAAACAUAAUCGGAAAUUCUGUUUACGUUCAAUACAGACAAAUGCUUAAUUACAGAAUGGGGCAUAAGGAUGUUCAUGAGGCUCGGCUUGGGUCUGGCACGAGGUGGAAGUUGGCUCCAUGUAGCCAAAAAAAAAGCGGUACACCAAAUCUCUCCAGGCCUCCAAGGGAAUCAAUCAUAUAUUGAAAAUCUUGAUAACUUAUGGCAAUAUCUUAUAAUGAUAUAUAUCUGUAUUGAGUCAAAACCCCACAAUGAAAUUUAUCUAUACCUAUAC